CCCUGCAUGUGGCACGCGAGGAAAGCCGGGCAGCCCGGCGGCAGCAGAGAGCAGCCGGCCGCGCGGUCCUGAGUGUCGGGCAGCGGCGACCGGCCGCCCGCCAUGGAUUGCAGCCUGCUCCGGACCCUCGUGAGCCGAUACUGUGCUGGAGAAGAGAAUUGGGUGGACAGUCGGACUAUUUAUGUUGGGCAUCGUGAACCACCUCCAGGCACUGAAGCAUACAUUCCUCAGAGAUUUCCAGAUAACAGAAUAGUCUCAUCAAAGUACACAUUUUGGAACUUUAUACCAAAAAAUUUGUUUGAGCAGUUCAGAAGAAUAGCUAACUUCUAUUUUCUCAUCAUUUUUCUUGUUCAGUUGAUCAUUGAUACACCUACUAGUCCAGUUACAAGCGGACUUCCACUUUUAUUUGUCAUUACUGUAACAGCUAUCAAACAGGGUUAUGAAGACUGGCUUCGACAUAAAGCUGACAAUGCAAUGAACCAAUGCCCUGUUCAUUUCAUUCAACAUGGUAAACUGGUUAGAAAGCAAAGCCGAAAAUUAAGAGUUGGCGAUAUUGUGAUGGUAAAAGAAGAUGAAACAUUCCCAUGUGACUUAAUAUUUCUAUCAAGUAGUAGAGGAGAUGGAACGUGUUUUGUUACAACAGCUAGUUUGGAUGGUGAAUCCAGUCAUAAAACUCACUAUGCCGUUCAAGAUACAAAGGCAUUUCACAGUGAACAAGAAAUUGAUGCACUACAUGCUACCAUUGAAUGUGAACAACCUCAGCCUGACCUUUAUAAAUUUGUUGGUCGAAUAAAUGUUUACCAUGAUAGAAAUGAGCCUACAGCAAGGCCAUUAGGAUCUGAAAAUCUGCUCCUUAGAGGAGCUACUUUAAAGAAUACAGAAAAAAUCUUUGGUGUUGCUAUCUACACUGGCAUGGAAACAAAAAUGGCAUUAAAUUACCAGUCAAAAUCACAGAAACGAUCUGCUGUAGAAAAAUCAAUGAAUGUAUUCCUUAUUGUAUACCUCUGUAUUCUCAUCAGUAAAGCGCUAAUAAAUACUGUCCUGAAGUAUGUCUGGCAGAGCGAACCGUUUCGUGAUGAGCCAUGGUAUAAUCAGAAAACAGAGCCAGAAAGGAAAAGAAAUCAGUUUCUUCAAGCAUUUACAGACUUCCUUGCAUUCAUGGUUCUCUUUAACUACAUUAUUCCUGUAUCCAUGUAUGUCACUGUGGAAAUGCAGAAAUUUCUUGGUUCUUAUUUCCUUACGUGGGAUGAGGAAAUGUUUGACGAAGAUACAGGAGAAGGACCACUGGUGAAUACUUCUGAUCUCAAUGAAGAGUUGGGACAGAUUGAGUAUGUCUUCACAGAUAAAACAGGAACCUUAACUGAGAACAACAUGGAAUUUGUAGAAUGUUGCAUUGAAGGACAUGUUUAUAUACCACAUGUUAUCUGCAAUGGCCAAAUUCUCCAUGAUUGCACAGGCAUUGAUAUGAUAGAUUCUUCCCCAGGAGGAAGUGGAAAGGAGAGAGAGGAGCUAUUUUUCCGAGCUCUUUGUCUUUGCCACACUGUUCAGGUAAAAGAUGAUGACAAUGUAGAUGGGCUGAAGAAGAGCCAACUCUCAAGAAGAUCUCGCAUAUAUAUAUCUUCAUCACCUGAUGAAGUUGCUUUAGUUGAAGGAAUACAGAGACUCGGUUACACCUAUCUAUGCCUGAAGGACAAUUAUAUGGAGAUCUUAAAUCGGGAAAAUAACAGAGAGAAGUUUGAAUUAUUGGAGGUUUUGAGUUUCGAUUCUGUAAGACGACGUAUGAGUGUAAUUGUCAAAUCUUCAACAGGUGAUAUAUUUCUAUUUUGCAAGGGAGCAGAUUCUUCCAUAUUUCCUAGAGUUAAAGAAGGCAAAAUUGACCAAAUACGAUCCAGAGUUGAACGCAACGCAGUGGAGGGACUGCGAACGCUGUGUGUUGCAUAUAAAAAGCUCACAGCAGAAGAGUAUAGCAAUGCACAGAAGAUGCUCCAGAAUGCAAAGUUGGCCCUCCAGGACCGAGAAAAGAAAUUGGCCGAAGUGUACGAGAAGAUAGAGAGAGAUUUUAUUUUACUUGGUGCUACAGCUGUUGAAGAUCGGCUACAAGAAAAAGCUGCGGACACAAUUGAAGCACUCCAGAAAGCUGGAAUUAAAGUUUGGGUUCUAACAGGAGACAAAAUGGAGACUGCUGCAGCUACUUGCUAUGCUUGCAAACUGUUCCGGAGAAAUACACAAAUACUUGAGCUAACCACAAAGAAAAUUGAGGAGCAGAGUUUACAUGAUGUGCUUUUUGACCUAAGCAAAACUGUCCUAAGACACAGUGGCAGCUUAACCAGAGAUAGCUUGUCAGGACUUUCUACUGAUAUGCAAGAUUAUGGUUUAAUUAUUGAUGGAGCAGCUUUGUCAUUAAUAAUGAAACCAAGACAAGAUGGGAGCUCUGGUAACUACAGAGAGCUCUUUCUUGAAAUUUGCAGGAACUGCAGUGCAGUGUUAUGCUGUCGAAUGGCACCUUUGCAAAAAGCACAGAUUGUAAAAUUGAUUAAGCUAUCAAAGGAGCACCCUAUCACAUUAGCAAUUGGUGAUGGAGCCAAUGAUGUCAGUAUGAUUCUAGAAGCACAUGUUGGUAUAGGGAUCAUUGGCAAAGAAGGUCGUCAAGCAGCAAGAAACAGUGACUAUGCAAUACCUAAGUUUAAACAUUUGAAAAAAAUGUUGCUUGUUCACGGGCAUUUCUAUUAUGUUAGGAUAUCUGAACUUGUGCAAUACUUCUUUUAUAAGAAUGUCUGCUUCAUUUUUCCUCAGUUUUUAUAUCAGUUCUUCUGUGGGUUUUCACAACAGCCUUUGUAUGAUACUGCGUAUCUAACACUGUACAAUAUCAGCUUCACUUCCCUUCCUAUCCUCUUGUACAGUCUAAUGGAACAACAUGUCAGUGCAGACACACUCAAGAGAGAGCCUUCCCUGUACAGAGAUGUUGCCAAGAAUGCUUUGUUGCGCUGGCGUGCAUUUAUUUAUUGGACAUUCCUAGGAGUGUUUGAUGCUGUGGUAUUUUUCUUUGGUGCCUAUUUCUUGUUUGACAACACAAUUGUGACCAGCAAUGGACAGAUGUUUGGAAACUGGACCUUUGGAACACUGGUGUUCACUGUGCUUGUAUUUACGGUUACACUGAAGCUUGCACUAGAUACACACUAUUGGACGUGGAUAAAUCACUUCAUGAUCUGGGGAUCACUGCUGUUCUAUAUUGUCUUUUCUCUGCUCUGGGGAGGAAUUAUUUGGCCUUUUCUCAAUUAUCAGAGGAUGUAUUAUGUGUUCAUGCAAAUGCUGUCUAGUGGUCCUGCAUGGCUGGGUAUAAUUCUUCUCAUAACUGUCAGCCUUCUUCCAGAUGUUCUCAAGAAGGUCUUAUGCAGACAGUUGUGGCCUACAGCAACAGAAAGAAUCCAGAAUGCAUCAAGGCACUGUCGGGACCACAUCUCGGAAUUCACACCUCUUGCCUGCCUCAAAAGCCCAAGAUACAGGAGCAAUGACUGCAGCAAUUCCCCAGCAAGAAGGUCUCAUUCUCGUUAAAAAACAAUGUUUACGCACUGGAGAGGCAUUGAUUAUUCAGUGCUUCCAUCUGUCUUUGGCUACUCAAAUAAGCAUUGUCGUUCCAGUGCAGGCUACCGCUACAGUGGGUCAGGUUUGGAAACGUCUGUAUGACAGAACACCAAUUCAAGCCUUUAAAAACUGUACCUUUGUUUAUUUCUUUUUUUAGGAAACAAACAUGUCACAGAAAUACAUCAAACUAUAUGUGGCUUUUGCUGUCUGAGGUAAUGCUCAGACAAACAGGAUCAAGAGCUAGAAGUAUGAAACCUUCCAGGCCGAUAGGCCUCCUUCUAUGUUUUGAACUACUGGGGCAAUGAACAAUCCGCACAGUCUGGUACUGUGAGACUGGUAGCACUAAAAUUUACUCAUCUUCCUGUGUCAAGAUUCUUGUGCAUUUAUUGUUUCUGUCAUCUUUAGUCAUUUUGUUACUUGAAGUGUAUAGUUUCAGUCAGUGACCUACAUUCUGAGAUCAACAGUUUUAAUUUUCAGCCAGAAGCGAUGACCUCAGUUAUCUCCGAUGAAAGUUUCCUAAAGCGUAUUGCUAAGUGCUGUUUCUGAUUUUCCUCUAUCCUUUUUCUUUCUUUGCUUUCUCUAUAGAACAAACUGGUGUUUCCUCUGUGCAAAUCUGCUUUCAAGAAACACUCUCUAAUGUUCACUUCCUUGUAAGUGGCCAAAUCAGGGCCUCGUAUGGUUUUCAGUUAGUACUCCCCUGUAGAAAAACAGGCAAAAUGAUCCUUGUGUAGAGUACGUGCACACUAUAUGAAGUCAAGUUGGCUGUUCAGUAGGUAUCAUCAGCGUUGAUAUCUACAGAAAAAUUGAAUGUAAGCAUUUUGCCUCCAGUGUCUUCGUGAAUUCAUCAAGGAUGCAGGUACGCAGUGUUCCCAUGCUUUUAAAGUAUGCAUAGUAGUAAGUAUAGUAGUAAGUUUUAUACAGAGAACCUUUUUGGUUUGUUUUUUUUCCCCCUCAAAAAAAGGCUAUUUUUCCAAAUAAGCGUCUUUUAUUAUCUGGAGUAAUCCUUUUAGUUUUGACUUUUUAUUUCUUUAGGGUUUUUUUUUUUUUAGUGAUAAGAUCUAAUUGGCUGAGGAGACGCAUUACAAAGCAAGGAAUACCCAACUGUUAACUUUUGCGAGCAAACCAGUAGGUGGCACACAGCUAUUACUAACAGCUGAAACACAAUUAUAAUAGAAAUUAGUUUGACUGCAAAGAUUCUGUUUCUAUUACUUCAAGUAUGACAGCCAACUUUUACUUCUAUUUUCUCUGCUACGUUUAUGUUACCUUGCACUAUUCAACUAUUAGCUGUGUCCUUGUCUUGUUUCUUUAGUCCAGUGUUUUAUUUUGGGGUACAAAACUACCUGAAGGAAUAGUCCAAUUUCAGUCUAGUUUAGCCUGGUGUUUUUAACUUUUUAAUAACCACAGUCUUUAAAUACUUCUGGGAGGAUAUUAACUAAAAAUGCGUUGCAGUGUGAAAACAAAAUAUUUGGAAUCAGAGCUUUAUUGGAAGGCGUGAGCAAAACAUUAGUUGUGUGUUUAAUGAACAUGAGUGGUGGAGAAAAAUGACUUCCCAUAGAGACAAAAUGGUUUACUUAAUAAUCUACUUUUGAGUAAAUGAAAAAUCAACUCGGUAGGAAAUGUUUCACACAAUAUUCCGAGUGACUUUCCUGUUCAACAAGAAGUGAAAUAUUGAAUAUUCCCUGGGACAAACAGAUUGUAAAGUCAGCAGUGAAAUUUUCCUUAUACCAAAGAAAAGGGAAGAAUUAUAAAAGGCUGAUGGUGAGCACCGCAAAUGAAGGUAUCUUUACCAUUUAACAUGUAGCAUUUGUGUUUCAAAGAAUGUCCUCAUAGCAGAAACAUUUUGAAAUACAUAAACAUGUAUAUGAGUGUGGGAGUGUGUACAUAUAUAUGCCAUUGCAUACUUGAAUGUUGGUCAGUUCAAACCAUCCCCUACAUAAAACACUGGUGUAUAUAUUUUUUAAAGAAAGUUAUUAUGCGUAUAAAUUUUAUACCAGUAGCAGUGACAAAUUUCUUGUGUGUAGUUAACAAAUUAUUUGUAAUGUAUUUUUUAGAAAUCUUAAAAUUGCCUUUGCACUGAAAUAUUUUUCAUACUGUAGCUAUUUAUAAAUCUGUUUUACGCAUACAUUUGUUAACACACCAUUUCUAUUUUUUUUAAGUAUAUAUGUUUUGAAGGCUUUUUUUAUACUUAUGAGUUUUGGCCACUUAAAUUUAGCUUAGAGUGGAGUUGUGGCUGAAUGUUAAAAUUCUAAUGAAUGUUAAAUUAGAAAUAUAGGUCAGUUGCUCUGUCAGUGUCACCCAAACCAUUAAUGAUUUGCUGGCAAUUAGAACGAUACCCUUUCUGUGCUGUACUGUUACUGCUAGCUUUUCUAUUCUGUAAACCCUCCUGCUUUUUUACUUCUUGAGUUCCGUCUUUUAGCCUUAAAUAAGGAGAUUUUUGCUCGAUGAUUUUGAAAGUGCUGCAUUCCCGUUCAGCCUGUUAACAAAGCAGUUCAUUGCAAACGUAGUGUAGACCAGCACUUAGAAUAUUUACAAUAUUAUUCAUGCUGAAACACCUCUUUAAGUGUUUGGGAAAUUUUAGUUGAAUGUGUCAUUUUUGGAGGAGGAAAAAUGCUUGAAUUUAAGUGGAAAUCUCUGCUUUGAUUUAGCAAUACUUUUACCUUUAAAAGUCGGUACUGUUUAUUAAAAUAGACCAUUUGGUGGAAAACCCAUAGAACAUCAACAUUUCACUUGAUAGGUUUUUGUUUCUGUUACUAUUGCCAUGCAAACUUAGCCCACUGCAGCAGGUGGCAACUUGGAGUUAAUCUGUAAACCGACCAGGUCAUACCAAGAUGAAAACUUAGAAGUUAGAUCAAAAUGAAUUAGAAUGUUUUAUUAUGGAUGGGGCACUGAAAGGAGACUGGUUUCUAUAUAUUGUAAGAAUGGGGAAAAGUAUAAAAAUCUAUAUAAUUCCUAACUCGCCUUGUUUAAAUCGUUGCAGCUUUAACAGCAUAAUGUCUCCAUAACUGCUUCUAUAAAUGUCUUGAAACUGGUAAGCGCUAACCAAAUGUAUCUGAAGACUUAGAAAGUAUUUCAAGCUUUUCAGCCACUGAAGUUCGUAUAUUCCUGCAGUGGCUCGUGGCAAAAGAUGUGGAUCUUUUUGGUUUUACACUGUACAGUAAUAGUUUGUUCAGCCACUUAAUAUAAAAGCUUACAGUUUACUUUCUUGCUUGCAUUAGCCUGUCUUGUCCCAACUGGCUUGCAAAUACAAAAGGAAAAAGAUAGCCGAAUUGAGCUCUGCACUACUUUUCUUUUUGGAAGCCAGUGGGGUCAUUGUGCUCAUGCUACUGUCUCUGUUAAAAAAGCUUUAAUGGAAAUUUGUGGAAGUAUUGCGAAAGUUAAAAAGCACGCGAUUCUACUUUGCAGAAUAAUCUAAAAAUCCAUUGAUGAAGCUUUAAUUUUUCACCUUAUGAGAAUUCACACGAUUUUAAUAUGCACCAUCUCUAACAAGUUCUGUGCUACGUACGCACUCUGUUUUAAAUGUCCUUCCAUGACUGAAUGUAAAGUAGAAUCUGCGGAAGUGCUGCCCGGGGGCUGGGAGUAGUUAUCUGUGCAUUAAACAUUAAAGAUGUCUGUAGUCACCGGCACCAAAUACUAACACUUAUUUUUAUUGUACAAUUAUAGGUGCAUUUAUUUGAAAAUAAAUCAGCCUUCAAAUCUAAUGUUUAGAUUAUCCUAUACCACUUCAUUUAUUUGAUUUGAAGAGUCAGUGUGUGAAUACGUUAAUGUAAAGUUUCUUUUCAGUGCUAUUUUUAACUUUAAUUUCUGUAGAUAACCAAAUAUAACUUGUUUAUAUUCAGUCACGUUUUGGAUCCGUACGUAGAACAUAUGAGCAGGAGACAUGGAUCUGCUUGCAAUAAAUAUAAACGGUCAGAACUGGUUUAAGUUUGCUCACGAGUAAUUAAAACCGAGUAUGAAUAUGAAAUGAUUUCAUAUUAGUCUGUAAUAAAAUGUAAGUAGAGAACAGAAAAUGGAUUGAGUGUUUGAUUCUGCUGCUGAAUAUGCUUGUAGUCACGUCUGCUCUCAGAGAGUAUUGCAGCCAGUUAAAAAAGCAAGCGGAACAUUCAAAGAAGACCAAAAGGUGAAUGAUGUGAGCGGUGCUGCGAAGCUGAUCCAAAUCUGUACCAGCCCUGGAGGGCUUCAUUCUUCCCACAUUGAUUGGAUUAGUGCUAAAGUUCUUUACAAUCUAAGCUACUAAAGCUGCACGUAAGAGGAUCUGUACUUCCUUGCAGUCUUGCUGGCCUGGGUACCCAGAGCUAGUUUACCUUUCUCUGCAUUGUCAUCAGUUUAAAGAAAUGGAAUUAAAGGCAAAGCCAGUGUGCUUCGCCAUCUGACUUGGCAGCAGUGUUCUUACAAAGCAGGCUGAUUGCACAAAUGUUUAUCAUUUUCUUUUGUUUGGUGGUACAAUGGGACAUCCUGUACUUUGGACAUCGUUACAGAGCAUGCCAACAAAUGUCUUGACACCAUCAACCUGAAGCUACCCCAGAGAGCUUUCACAAAGCAGGUGAGAGCGCUAGGUGAGGUGCCUCCCUCUUUCUUCAGUCUGAUCCAGUAGCUGGCAGCCCUGCCUGUGGCAGGGGGUUGAAACUUGAUGAUCCUUGAGGUCCCUUCCAACCCAAGCCAUUCUGUGAUUCUUGAUGAGGCUGCAUAGAAUGCUUAGGCAUUCUGUGUAUUGACUUUUCUGUUCCCAUAAUAAAAACGUUAGAGUAACAGAUUUCUGCUUGUAACAACUAUUUAUCUGAAUAAUGCUAGCCUAUUUACCUACUGUAUCCCUUUUGUUCAUCAUUUUGGGUUUUCUACUGAAUGAGCUUGUAGUGGAGGUGGCUUGAGGGGAAAAAGGUGAAUCUGGAAGAUGUUUUCCCCUUUCUUCGUGUAAUGAACUAAAAAAUGCACAAAUUGGAAUUAGAUAAAAAUUUGAAAGAGGAAUGUGAUGCAUGUGGAUUUCAGGAAGAACACAGUAGCACAAGGAAGAAGUUACCUUGUAAGUAGGCAACUUUCUAUUUUGUAGAAAUGUAAAAAUCUUAAAUUGUUUAAAGGAUAAAAGGGCAGAAAGGCAGUGAUUUCUCAUUAUUAAUUUUAGAUUGAAUACCAUGUUUUCCUUGAGCUCUUUAAAUUACCCUUUUCUAGUAAGUUAAAUCGUAAAUUAAUUGAAAGCUGUUUCUUCUAUAAAGAGACUACUUUUUUUCCUGCAAUAUAUACAAUGCUGCUCUAUAAACUAUUUCAAGAGGUCAGUUUUGAUAUUAAUUGAAAUAGGUUGGAGACAGAAUGAAAUUCCAUGUUUUCCCUUUAUACGCAUUCUGAUUUCCUCAGCUGAUACUCAACAGGAAGUUAAAAAUGAUUUUUCAGCGUUCUAAUAAAGCUUUGUUUCUGUGUGUUUC